CCCUUCUUCUUGUUCGUUAUCCGGAACGAAAAACCUUGGUGCCCAGCCAGCUUAACCAUGGAGUACGAAGGCUAGCUCUCUCUGCUCACUCUCACUCUCUCAGCCCCUCUCCACCCCAAUCCAGCAGAUAACCCUAACCUCUCCUUCUUGAACCCCUCCUACCAGCCUCUUCAUUCUCUCGAAUUCGAACCUGCGGUAACCACCAAGCGCGGCGUCGGGCGAAGAACCAUGGCGUCUUGCUCCCACCCUUGGCUCUUCCCAGGCAUGUCGCCGCCGCCGGCCGCCUCCACCGCCGUGCCUGUUCCGCGCUUCUACAAGUCUUCGAAGGUGUUUGCUGGUUUGCGUCAGUGGAGAAAGGCAGGGUCAGUCACACCGAGCAGAACGCGACGAUGCAGGAUCAAGUGCGUCAAGGACGAAUCUAUCCAUUUUGAUCCGUCCAAGAUUGAGGCACCACCGUACUCCAGUUACUUAGACUCCACGUCUGGUCAGCUUGAGCCAGCAUCGGGUGCCCGGGCAAGCAUACCUGGGAAGGAGUACUGGCCGGAGGGCACUGCAGCCCGCGUACGUGCUGCUCGUGCACCUGCACCGGUCGGGGAAUCGGUGGGGACUCCGUCUCUUGGUAAGAAGCCCGGGAGUAGGAGGAAAGGGUAUAAGGAACAGGUAACAUCAGCUUCAGCAGCAGAGGGUGCAGAGACCAGUGGAGAUGAUGGCGAGUUCAUAGUGGCCACCGAGGUCCCAUUAGAUGAUACAUUGGAAGAGACAGAGGAUUCAGUGGAUGAGUAUGUCAUUUAUGAGGCGCCCAAGGCCGAGAGUUUGAGUGAGUAUGAGAUGGACAAGAUGAUGGGACGGCCACAUCCAUUUGUUGAUCCAGCAAAGGCUAUGUUGGUAGAGGAACCGAAAUCGAGUGAAGAGCUCUGGUGGAAUUGGCGGAGGAAGUCUGAGCCAGAAAUGUGGUCCAGAUGGCAGAGGAGGCGUCCGGAUGUUGAUACGGUCUUCGCAAAAGCAAUGGCGGAAACUGGGCAGAUUAAACUUUUCGGGGAGCAUCCUACAAGAACAGAAGCUGCUCUUGCUAAGACAAGAAGACAUUUACACAAAGAGGAAAGGUUAGAAGCAGAGCGAAGGAGACUAGAAGAAAUAGGACCAAUAGCAUACUAUUCAGAGUGGGUUGAAGCAUAUAAACACAAGGACACAUCACGGGAAGCUAUACAGAAGCACUUUGAGGAAACUGGCGAAGAUGAGAAUACUCAACUUAUAGCAAUGUUUCAACACCAAACUGCUGGGGAAUAUCGUAUCAUGAUGGGCACUGAUGUCCGUAUUCUCCGAGAUCCUUUGGCGAUGAGGAUGCGUGAAGACCAGAUUAAGCAGAUUUGGGGUGGUGACCCUGUUUACCCAACUGUGAACUAUGUUCAGGAUCCUGAUGAAGUGAUUGACUACAGGGCUCCGGAAUUUCAUGAACCUACCCCUGAAGUUGUACCUUAUUUGAUGGAGCAUGGGAUAAUGAUCACCAAAGAAGAACUGGAUGCACGUUUGAAUGAAGAGCGUGAUGACACCAACCAAGACAUUACGUAUAUUCCUGAAGUCAAAGAUCCCAUGGCUACAGCUGUCGAUAUUGGAGAGCAUUCUUACAACGAAGACAGUGAUGAUGAGGAGGAGGUUGGCAAAGCUGUUGUGCAGCCUGAAUCACUAGAGGAUGAGGAAGAUGGUGGGGAUGAUGCUGACGAAGUUGAAGGGAAAGUGAGUCAGAACUGGAGCGUUCUAAAGACUACUGGACAGGAUGAAAAACCAAAGGAAAAGUUGAAGAAAGAUCAAAUGUCACUUAAAGACGCCAUUAAUGAUUCUGAGAACCUUACUGAUUUCCUUAUGGACUUCGAAGAAGAUGAGUGAUAUGGUGGGCAUUCUUUUUCUAUUAUGCGCAUGACACAUGGGACAGCUAUGCUUUUGGGAGGACUUACUUCUGGAGGUCCAUAUCCACUAGGGGCAAUGAACAGAACUGGAUGCCCGCAAAACUCCACCUGCUCAACCGGGCCAGUCAUGUUCGAGAACGAUAUGGUCGUAUGGGAGAUCAUACGAUGGAAGAUAGCCCCAGCUGCCUGUUUUAAGCCAUAUGUUGCAGUACUGUUAGAAACAAGAAAUCCAAAGGGGAUGAUGUGUUGACGUAUAUGGCCCAAAAGUGGACAGUGCAAAUUCUCUCUCUAGAAAACAAGAAGUUGACGGCACUGCCUACUGGGACCGUAUUCAACAAUCGAUGCCUCCUUGGAUACAAGUAAUAGUGUUCUGAUGUUCACUUGUACUCAAGAAUUGGUCAUCUAGUAGAGUAGUACACAUGUUAGCAUUUUGUACACAGUAGAUAAGGUGAUCCAAUUACCUUCCCGAAUUCUUCUUUGUCUUAUAAAAUGCAUACACAUUUUUUUACAGGCUAAGGACAAAAUCAAGAUGCCUAUAGGGACCA